CGCAUAGACACUACAAUACUCUUUACCAGCGACGAGCAGCCGUCCAUCCACUCACGCUCAGGAAGGUUAGAACAGCGCUCUCUAACAACUCCCGAGGACACACACAAGAGAUCCCUUGUCUCUUUUUCCGAAGGUUUCCUUUGGACGAAUAAUCACACUUGAACUGAAGCGAAAGCAGCGCCGAGCAGUGAGGAUGAGUUCCGCGUGUUUGGUUGCACGCCGGUCGCCCUUCAGCGUGGCACCGUGUUCGCGCCUCCGGACAAAGGACGCCUGCCGCCCCGCAGCAUCUGACAGUCGUUCAGCACUUUGGAGACCUUGGCUGGCCCAGGACGCAGGCGCGGCGGGCGGGUGCCCCCGGAGCAAACUCUCCACUCCGUACUCCAGACCCACGGUGCCAGGCAGUCUGUCCUCCGAUGGCAAGCCUCAGUCCUUCCAGCACCCUGUUAGGCUUUUCUGGCCCAAGUCCAAGUCGUUUGACUAUCUGUACAGCGACGGGGAAGUACUGCUGCGGAACUUUCCCAUCCAGGCCACCAUCAGCUUCUACGACGAGUCGGAUAGCGAUGAUGAUGAUGAUGAUGAUGAUGAUGAUGAUGAGGGGGAUGACGACUCGGAGGAAGAGGCGGACUCGGAGGAGGAGUGCCUCAAACCCCAGUCUCAUUUCACCUCCUAUAACUGACGCAUGGGACGGCUUUCUUCCAGUGCCGCCACCAGCACCAAACGUUUCAUCAGACGCUUUUUGUUGGUUUUACGGGAACCUUUAAUCCGUUUGCUGUGAAAGUUCACUUGAGGUUUCAGACCUCCAGCGUCAGUGACGAUGCCACCAAAACACAUGUUCCCUCGUUAAAAUUACCACUUGACAGAAACUCCAAAUGCAUGAGUGUGUUUAAAGGGCUCAGCUUGUUAAGAAUAAAGCCCCCCCCCCCCCCCCCUUCUCAACCACACACACACGCAUACAUCAGCGAUCUGCUCCAUAGAUCCUCAUGGCAUGGUGGUCCUACAAGUUCCAGAACCUCCCAUUCAUAUCCGACGGUCCCCAGUGCCUAGGGUGUGGCGUUUUACAAUCUACUGUCCACCAAACUUGGGAAUGUGUGAAAGUAAUAAUUGUGAUAUGUGUAGUGGUGCACUUUUCACUCAGAAAGUGAGAGUUUGACACGCUGCUCUCUUCUAACUAGUAAUCGAUCGGUGGUACAUUGGGGAUUGGGUAACAUUUAGAGGCCUUAGUGUGUUAUGUCCGGAGUGGUCGGACAGAAGAUAUCCCAUAUUGGGACGCAUAAUAUGUUUACAGGCCGACGCAAGGUCGAAUCCUCUGCCAUGUUUUUGUAUAUAUAUACAACAAAAUCUAUUUACAUUUUAUAAUUUAUUCCUAAAAACAUGUAUUUAUAUUGCACUAUUUUGUCUACUUUUAUACAGAUUUUGUUUUUGUCACGUCAAAACACUGUUCGAACAAAGUUUCCUCAAUGUUUUAAUUAAAG